UCAUGUUUCCUCGAACCUAGGCAUCUGAUCGCUCUUAAAAUCCAGUUUUUCGUGGAAUUAUAUUCUCUACUAUUCUAUGAGGCACUGAUCGAAGACUAGAUUAAAUGAAAUCUCUGAAAAGGUCUGUCUCUCGCCAUACUAUGGCAACUCUCUACCUUCCCUUGUCGUCGUCUUCUGACCCUCGCUGUCUCUUUGUGCGAAUCUCCUGUCAGUUCUCUAAUCCCCCUCAUCCUGAACUGAAGGAGGUUGCCUCGGGGCCCCUUGGUGUCCCCCUUCCCUGCUUACAGACUCUCUCCUCUGGCUCAGUGUGGGGGUCCUGGGCUGUCUCUUACAUGCUGGCUCCAGACAUUCUCUCAGGAAACGGGGACCCAAGGAGCUGCGCUCUAAUCAAGCAGUGGGUGAAUUAUGCAGAGACUGAAGUGUUGCCGGCAGCCUACGGAGAGGAGCACUCGCAGGCGAAAGAUCGCUCUCGAUUAGAGUUCCAGAGAGUACUGGAAUUUCUGGACAGUCACCUAAAAGUGCGCACUUAUCUUGUGGGCGAAAGAGUCAGUCUUGCUGAUAUUGCGGUGUCGUGCUGUCUCAUCCGACCUUACAGCAAGGUCCUGCCUCCAUCCACAAGUCAGACAUUUCCCAAUCUCACCCGUUGGUUCUGGACCUGUAUAAACCAGCAGCAGUUUAAGGAGAUCCUGGGGGAGGUGAAGCUCUAUAGUGCUGACACCACAGACUCUUCUGCUGCUCCUGUUGCUACCUCGCCCAAUGCUCCCCCUGCCAAAACACCUGCCCAGUUAAAGAAAGAGUCUAAGAAGAAAGAGAAACUUGAGAAAUUUCAGCAGAAGCAAGACAAGAUAAAGGGACACCAGACAGAGAAAAAGCCAAAACUAGAAAAGAAAGAGAAGAAGGAGUUGGGAGUGAUUACGUAUGACAUUCCCACCCCUGCUGGUCAGAAGAAAGAUGUCACUGGUUCAAUGCCCGAUUCCUAUAGUCCUCAGUACGUAGAAGCUGCAUGGUAUUCAUGGUGGGAAAAGGAGGGAUUCUUCAAACCAGAAUAUGGGAGGAGCAGUAUCUCCGAACCAAGUCCUAAGGGCACCUUUAUGAUGUGUAUACCUCCCCCAAAUGUGACUGGAUCUCUGCAUCUAGGACAUGCUCUUACUAAUGCCAUUCAGGACAGUUUAACCCGCUGGCACCGAAUGCGUGGUGAACUUACUCUGUGGAACCCUGGCUGUGACCACGCAGGUAUUGCCACCCAGGUAGUGGUGGAAAAGAAAUUAUGGAGAGAGAAACGGAAAACUCGCCAUGACCUGGGGAGAUCGGCAUUCAUCGACGAGGUCUGGAAAUGGAAGAGAGAGAAGGGAGAUCGGAUCUAUCACCAGCUCAGGAUAUUGGGCAGUUCCCUGGACUGGGACAGAGCCUGCUUCACCAUGGACCCAAAACUCUCGUAUGCGGUCCAGGAGGCCUUUGUCCGCUUGCAUGAUGCUGGGGUGAUUUAUCGCAGCAAGCGCCUCGUUAACUGGUCCUGCACUCUCAACUCUGCUAUUUCAGACAUCGAGGUGGACAAGAAGGAAUUGAGUGGGCGUACUCUGCUCCCUGUGCCCGGGUACAAAGAGGGAGUGGAGUUUGGAGUUCUGGUGUCAUUUGCUUACAAAGUGCAGGGAACAGAUGAGGAAGUUGUCGUGGCAACAACCAGAGUGGAGACGAUGCUGGGAGAUACAGCUGUGGCUGUACAUCCCCAGGACCAGAGGUACCAGCAUUUAAAGGGGAAGUAUGUGGUGCAUCCCUUUGCCUCCCGGCUGCUGCCUAUUGUGUUUGAUGAAUUUGUGGACAUGAGCUUCGGGACAGGCGCCGUGAAGAUCACCCCGGCACACGAUCAGACAGAUUAUGAAGUAGGAAUGCGCCAUUCUCUGGACUUCGUUAACAUUAUGGAUGAUAAUGGAAUUCUUAUCAAUGUACCACAACAGUUUAUGGGAAUGAAGCGUUUUGAAGCAAGAAAAGCGGUUUUAGAUGCUUUGAAAGAAAAGGGUGUAUUUAAGGAAAUCAAAGAUAACCCCAUGGUCGUCCCAAUAUGCAGCCGUUCCAAGGACAUUGUGGAGCCCCUGCUGAAGCCUCAGUGGUAUGUCCGCUGCGAUGAGAUGGGGAAGAGAGCGGCUGAUGUUGUACGCAAUGGACAAUUGUCAAUCAAGCCAGAGUUCCACACCAAGACCUGGUUCAGCUGGAUGGACAACAUCAGAGAUUGGUGCAUUUCUCGACAGCUUUGGUGGGGACAUCGCAUUCCAGCCUACUUUGUUACAAUCAGUGACCCAUCUGUUCCACCAGGAGAGGAUACAGAUGGCAAGUACUGGGUCAGUGGUCGGUCUGAAGAAGAAGCGAGAAACAAAGCUGCAAAACAAUUUAAUGUAGACCCAGCAAAAGUGUCUCUGCAGCAAGAUGAAGAUGUUCUUGACACUUGGUUUUCAUCUGGAAUUUUCCCCUUCUCUAUUUUCGGGUGGCCCAACGAGUCCGAGGACCUGAGCAUUUUCUAUCCCGGGACUCUCCUUGAGACGGGUCAUGAUAUUCUUUUCUUCUGGGUGGCUCGGAUGGUGAUGCUUGGUCUCACUCUAACUGAAAAACUGCCCUUCAAAGAGGUAUAUCUCCACGCCAUUGUUCGUGAUGCUCAUGGCCGUAAAAUGAGCAAAUCUCUGGGAAAUGUCAUCGAUCCGUUGGACGUGAUCAAUGGGAUUACUCUGGAGGGUCUCCAUACUCAGCUUCAAGACAGUAACUUGGAUCCAGCAGAGCUGGAGAGAGCUAAGCAAGGACAGAAAUCAGACUACCCCAGCGGGAUCCCGGAGUGUGGGACGGAUGCGCUGAGAUUUGCUUUGUGUGCUUACACUAGUCAAGGUCGGGACAUUAAUCUGGAUGUGAACAGAAUCCUUGGUUAUCGUCAUUUUUGCAACAAACUCUGGAAUGCCAUCAAGUUUGCCAUGAGGGGUCUGGGAGAGAACUUUGUCCCUCCUGAUUCUGCAAUGUUCACUGGACAGGAGAGUCUUGUUGACCUUUGGAUCAUGAGCCGUCUCAGCUUUGCAGUGGAUUUGUGUAACACGGGAUUCCAGAAUUACGACUUUCCUGGAAUUACCACUGCCAUUUACAACUUCUGGCUCUAUGAGUUAUGUGAUGUCUACCUGGAGUGUUUGAAACCCGUAUUUAGCGGUUCUGAUGAAGCAGCCAUAGCCAUAGCACGGUACACUUUAUACACGUGUCUAGAUGCCGGACUACGUCUCCUCUCCCCCUUAAUGCCUUUCCUCACAGAAGAACUCUAUCAGCGCCUUCCUCGGCGUUCUCCAGGUCAAGCUCCCAGCAUCGUUGUUACUACCUACCCGGACACCACAGAGUUCGGCUGGCGAGAUGUUGAGGUAGAAAGGAAUAUGGAUCUUGCACUUCUUCUGGUGAAGUCAAUUCGGUCUCUCCGGGCGGAUUAUAAUCUCACCAAAACCAAGGCUGACUGUUACGUGAAAUGUCAGGACGAAAAAACCAGUGCCAUUGUAGCUGCUCACUCCUCUUACAUCACUGUUCUGUCAUCAUCGCGGUCUCUAUUGCUCCUGACUGCCGUGGACCCUGCUCCAGCCGGGAGUGCUGUCAACACCGCAUCCGACAAAGCUACUGUCUACCUUAUUCUAAAGGGCUUGAUUGAUGUGGACAAGGAACUUGCCAAGCUGCAAGCAAAGAGGACGGAGCUGGGCCGACAACUGGAACGGCUAAGGGAGAGGAUGGCGAGUGCGGAUUAUCGCACCAAGGUGCCCGCUGCUGUGCAGCAACAAGAUGCAGACAAGCUGAAACAAACAGAGACAGAGUUCCAGAAAGUGGAAGAAGCUACAGUGAACUUUCAGAAAAUGGUGUAAAGCAUUUUGUUCAUACUGUGGACUUUAAUCGAACACCUCCCGCACCCCUUACCAAACGCUGCUGUAUGAGGGUUUUUAUAGAAAACGUAAAAAAUCUGACACUUGAACUCGGCAUCGGAUUUAAUAAAACCUAUAGAAAACCA